CUAAUCCUUCUGUUUCUUCUCUAUCAUGUCCCUAAAACCCUUCUCUUAUGGAGGCCGAGCUAUAGCUUUGGGGAUAAUAUAGCUUUAAGGCAACUUUUGGCAGAUGUGAAAGUAUUAACAUCUGGGCAGUGUUAACAGAAUCCUGGAGGCUGGGACAGACCUGGAGCCACUCGUAGGAAUGUUCAAGUAAAAGAUUUUUUUCCCCGCCUUAUGAGAGGAACAGACAGAAAGGAGAAGGAGAAAGAGAAAAAAAGAGACCAACAAAACCCCAUACCGACAGGUAAGACCUGCAAUUAACUCCUCACACCAUACUACCUUGUUUCACAGCAUUAGAGGAUAAAGAGACUCAGAAAAUGAAUGACGGGGCUGCGAGUUCAAGAGGGGACGAAGCUCUUUUAUGAAAUUGGACCACAUUCUGGUUUUGUUUGUGCCAUUACCAGACUGCAGACGCAGGUUCCCACUACCUUCUCAGCCCACAGCAGAGAGGUAGCUGACUCUGAUCCCAUAUUUCUGCUUCUUUUCACUUUUGGAAAUUCAUAAAUAGCUAACUUUUGAAAGUCAUUUAUUUAUUCUGCUACUUCUAUAGCACUAUUCUUAUUUCCCAAACCCCCCACCCCUCAAGAAUGGCUGGUCAACUAACUCAAGGAAGUGCUCUCUUUCUGCUGCUCUUCCUUAUUCCAACAGUGACGCCAACAUGGUACGCAGGUUCAGGAUACUAUCCAGAUGAAAGCUACAAUGAAGUACAUACAGAAGAUGUUCCACAGGCUCGUCCUCUAGACUACCAAGUCCCUCGGUGGUGUUAUACAUUCUAUAUCCAAGAUGGAGAAGCCACAUGCUACUCACCGAGGGGAAGGAAUUACCACAGCAGUCUAGGCACACGGUGUGAGCUCUCCUGUGACCGUGGCUUUCGAUUGAUUGGACAGAGGUCAGUGCAAUGCCUGCCAAGCCGUCGUUGGUCUGGAACUGCCUACUGCAGACAGAUAAGAUGCCAUGCACUACCAUUUAUCACUAGCGGCACCUACACCUGCACAAAUGGGGUGCUUCUUGACUCCCGCUGUGACUACAGCUGUUCCAGAGGCUUCCACUUAGAAGGUGAUCGCAGCCGAAUCUGCAUGGAAGAUGGACGAUGGAGUGGAGGCGAGCCUAUAUGUGUAGACAUUGAUCCCCCCAAGAUCCGUUGUCCCCAUUCACGUGAGAAGAUGGCAGAGCCAGAGAAACUGACUGCUCGAGUAUACUGGGACCCACCCCUUGUGAAAGAUUCUGCAGAUGGUACCAUCACCAGGGUGAUACUUCGUGGCCCUGAACCUGGUUCUCAAUUUCCUGAAGGAGAGCAUGUGAUUCGUUACACUGCCUAUGACACAGCCUACAACCGGGCCAGCUGCAAGUUCAUUGUGAAAGUACAAGUGAGACGCUGCCCAAUUCUGAAACCGCCUCAGCAUGGUUACCUCUCCUGCACCUCAGCAGGCAACAAUUAUGGUGCCAUCUGUGAGUACCACUGUGAUGGCGGUUAUGAGCGGCAAGGAACUCCUUCCCGAGUCUGCCAGUCCAGCCGCCAGUGGUCAGGAUCACCACCUACCUGUACUCCCAUGAAGAUUAAUGUCAAUGUCAAUUCAGCUGCUGGUCUCCUGGAUCAAUUCUAUGAGAAACGACGACUUCUUAUCAUCUCAGCUCCUGAUCCUUCCAACCGAUACUAUAAAAUGCAGAUCUCUAUGCUGCAGCAAUCUAUCUGUGGACUAGACCUGCGGCAUGUGACCAUUAUUGAGCUGGUGGGACAGCCACCUCAGGAUGUGGGGCGCAUCCGGGAGCAACAGUUGUCAUCCAGCAUCAUCGAAGAACUCAGGCAAUUCCAACACCUUACUCGGUCCUACUUCAACAUGGUACUGAUUGACAAACAGGGUAUUGACCGGGAACGCUACAUGGAACCUGUCACCCCAGAGGAAAUCUUCACAUUCAUCGAUGACUACCUGCUGAGCAACCAAGAGAUGAUCCAGCGCCAGGAGCAAAGAGAUAUGUGCGAGUGAACUGAAGCCAGGGAAUCUCUGAAGUCAAAGGAAAACCUUCUCUAAAGGAGGAAGUGUUUUCCCACUGUUCUAGAGACUACUCUGAAGUGGGCAAGGUCUGCCAACCGGGAUAUUUUUCAGACACUCCCUUCCUGCUGUUUAAUAGCUUCCCUGACUUCUCCAUGGAAGAGGCAAAAGCUAAGUAGGGGCUGAAGACAGGCUCUGCAUAGUGUGUUGGAGGCAGAAACUCUUUCUUUCAUAACCCGGAGCUUUGCCCUGUUCUCCAGUCUUCCACAUAAGUAAAUCCUGAAUUCAUACAUUUA